AUGAAGGAAGGCAAGGAUGAAGAGGCCGCCAGCGGGCUUGGAGGGUCGGCCAACGGCGACGGCGACGGCAACUCGCACCACAUCAUUGACGGCGCCAUCUCGCUCGACCGCGAUUCGCAGCUGCAGCGCGGGCUCAAGAGCCGGCACAUUCAGUUCCUGGCGUUGGGGGGCGCCAUCGGAACGGGCCUCUUUGUCGGGUCCGGGGGCAUCCUGCACGUGGUGGGCCCGGCGCCGCUGUGGCUGGCGUACCUCUCCAUGAUGGCCGUCGUGUGGAUCGUCAUGAACAUCAUCGCCGAGAUGACGACGUACCUGCCCAUGAAGGGCAUCACGCUGCCCUACUUCACCGGCCGGUACGUGGACCCGAGCCUAGCCUUUGCCGCGGGGUGGAAUUAUUGGUAUGCAUAUGCGAUCCUGGUUGCCGCCGAGGCGUCGGCCGGCGCCAUCCUGCUCGAGUACUGGGACACGCCGGUGCCGACGGCCGCGUGGCUGACCAUCAUCCUGGGCGUCAACCUGCUGCUGAAUAUUAUUGCCGUCGAGGUGUUUGGCGAGGCCGAGUUCUGGUUCGCCAGCAUCAAGCUCAUCACCAUCCUCGGCCUCAUCAUGGUCGGGCUCGUCAUCAUGCUUGGUGGCGGCCCUAACCACCACCGCAUUGGCUUCCUGUACUGGCAGGACCCCGGCGCGUGGAAGGAGUAUGUGGCCACGGGGUCCGCGGGGCGUUUCCUGGCGUACUGGACGGCGUUUGUGCGCGCCGGGUUCAGUUUUAUCACGUCGCCCGAGCUGAUCGGGCUGGCGGCCGGCGAGACGGUGGCGCCGAGGCGCAACCUGCCCAAGGCGGCGCGGCGCUUCCUCGGGCGCCUGGCCAUCUUCUACGGCGUUAGCACGCUUAUCAUCGGUGUCAUCGUGCCGUCCGACGAUCCGAACCUGCUGUCGGCCGAGUCCAACGCCAACGCCAGCCCGUGGGUCAUCGGCAUCCAGCGCGCCGGCAUCGGCGGGCUCAACCACGUCAUCAACGCCGCCAUAUUGACGUCGGCCUGGUCCGCCGGCAACGCCUUCCUGUACUCGGGGUCCCGUGUGCUGUACUCGAUGGCCGCCGCGGGCCAGGCGCCGGCCGUAUUCGCGCGCACGUCGCGCCGCGGCGUCCCCUACGCCGCCGUGCUCGUGACGUGGCUGUUCAGCCUGCUCGCGUACCUCAACGUGUCGAGCGGCGGUGCCAAGGCGUUCGCCUGGUUCUCCAACCUGUCGACCAUCUCGGGCUUCAUCGCGUGGAUCGUCGUCAUGGUCACGUACCUGCGCUUCCGCGCCGCCAUGGACUUCCGCGGCCUGCUGCACACGCUGCCCUACCGCACGCCGCUGCAGCCCUACGCCACCUGGGUCGUCCUGGGCAUCGUCGGCCUCCUCACGAUCACCAACGGGUUCCAGGUCUUUGCCCCCUUCAGCUACCAGGACUUCUUGGCUGCGUACAUCACCCUGCCGGCCUUUGCUGUGCUGUAUCUCGGCCACAAGCUCUGGUUCCGCACGCCGUGGGCGCGAUCCGUGCAGGAUAUCGAUGUGUUGACGGGCAAGAAGGAGAUGGACGAGCUGUGCGCCGAUGAUGUCGAGCCCGUGCCCAAGAACUGGGUGCAGAGGGUGUGGUUCUGGGUAGCCUGA